AUGUCCAUGUCAAAGAGUCAAUGGGGGCAAGCGACUAGCUAUGUCGGAGGCUUGCUACAUCCCCUAGCGCGUCGUGCUAUCAAGACUGAACUAGAGGAUCUCACCUUCGAGCAAAGCGAGUGUUUAUUAGAAAAUAUAACUGAUAAUAAGAAAAGGGUUAAGAAAGACAAGGGGUUGCUAAGAUCACUUAAAGGUCAUCUGGGACGACUCCUAGAGCGGAAGGAGCGAGAAGAGGAUAAAUGGAAAUCUUCAUCUCUCAAGUUAAAGAGAAAGUUCAAAGAUUUCGAGUCUGAUGGUGAAACCUUGAGUUCUGGUUCUGACGAUGAUUCCGAUGAUGCCGAUGACAGCGAUUACAGUCCACAAAAGGCUAAACGCAGAUGUGUCAAGCGGUCAAGCCCUGAGCAUGAUGGGGAACCCGCUAAUUUAGAGCCAUCGCUCAUGGAGCGUCUCGAGCGGCAACAGAUGCAGAUUAACGCACUCCUAGCAGCUAGCACUCCUAAGCGCAGAAAGAGCGUCAAGGCUAAAGUGAGCGAUCAGGACAUUGUCCAUGCUGAUGUUAUCAAUCCUCCAGAUGUAGGAAGCAGUAGCGCCGCUGCUUGA